AUGGCCGAAAGAAUCAUAGGGAAGGUCAAGUGGUUUAGCGACCAGAAGGGCUUCGACUUCAUAACCCCCGACGACGGCUCUAAGGAUCUCUUCGUCCACCAGUCCUCCAUCCAGUCCCGGGGCUUCCGCAGCCUCGCUGAGGGCGAGACCGUCGAGUUCCAGAUCAAGUGCGACUCAUUAUCCUCAUCGAUUUCAGGACCGUCGAGGAUUCUUUCCUUUGGGUUCAGUCUUUCAGAUCUAAAGCUCCUUGGCCUGGUGUCUUCUUCAUCUUGGUGUAUGUCUUCUUCAACCCAAAGGAUCCUUGGCUACAGUGGGGGUAGUUACGGCGGGGCGGCAACGGUGGCGGCGGGAGAGGAAGAGGAGGAGGCGGCUACGGCCGAGGCGGAAGCUGCUCAUGGGCAGCUUGAGGAGUCAGUGGAUGCAGCGGUAAGAAGCAGAAGCAAGCCAGAAAUGGCAUGGGCGGAGCAGAAGCAACACGGCAGCAGAAGCAGCAAGGAAGUCCAUCAUGGCAGCUACAUGGGGAGGUCAGUAACGUGGGGGAGUCAGCUGAAGUAUGGGGGAGUGAUGAUGGCUGGUGGAGUUGGUGGAAGAAGUCAAGAGCAGCAGCAAAGGGAGAAGCAGAAACAGAAGCAAAGCAAAAGCAUGGGUGGAGCAGCGUGA